AUGGAGCGUCCUACGCGCUGGGCGCUAAUAUUGUUUGCGCUGUGCGCAACAACGGCACAAUCGGCAAUUAUACAAUCUAAAUCUUCCGAGCUGAUUUUUAACUCGCUAGACAUAGACAACAGUCCGCUCUCUAGAGUGAAACGAAACGGAAACAUUCGAGGAAAUUUCAGAGGCCAGACCCAGUCGCAGUAUCUCCACUUCGGUAACAGCCAGGAUGGCAAGGCCGAAGCCGAAGCCACUCAGCACAGCUCGAGGGCAGUUGUAGUGGGCUCCAAUGGCAUGGGACAAGCACAGAGCCAAUCGCUGGGCGGAGACUGUAGUACCUGCUACGGUGCGGUUGAUGGUGGCGGCAGCUACGUUUAUGACAGUAGACCAGAUCCUCUAAAAGUGCCCGUGGAUAAGCUGCGUUUACCGGAUGCGUAUGAUCCGAGUACUAACGGGCACUCGAUGAGACCCGGCUCGGGUGUCGAUGCUUACGGUAGGCCAGGAGGAGGACCUGGGUUAGACGCUUAUGGGCGACCAGUAGGCGGCUUUGAUUCGCAUGGCAGACCUCUUGGAGGGCCUGGCACGGCAGGAUCAGGUGUUGGAAGUCAUGGGCGUCCUCCACAUGGUGGAACAGGGUUUGAUGCUCACGGAAGGCCAAGCGGUGGACCGGGAUCGGAAGGAUCGGGUGUAGAUGCCCACGGUAGACCUAUCGGAGGGCCUGGAACAGGUGUAUCUGGUGUUGAUGCUCAUGGAAGACCUGUGGGAGGUCCAGGAACUGGAGGAACCGGUGUUGAUGCUCAUGGAAGACCUAUCGGAGGCUCAGGAACUGGAGGAACUGGUGUUGAUGCCCAUGGAAGACCUGUUGGAGGCCCAGGAACUGGAGGAACCGGUGUUGAUGCUCAUGGAAGACCUAUUGGAGGACCUGGAACGGGAGGCACCGGAGUUGAUGCUUAUGGUAGACCUAUUGGAGGUCCAGGCAGUGCUGGAUCGGGUGUUGAUGCUUAUGGUAGACCGAUUGGAGGACCUGGUGUUGGCGGACCAGGUGUUGAUACUAAUGGUAGGUCAAUCGGUGGUCCUGGAACUGGUGGACCAGGAGUUGAUGCACAUGGGAGACCUGGAACUGGUGGGGCAGGUGUUGAUGCACAUGGAAGACCGAUCGGCGGCCCAGGCGUUGAUGCGCAUGGAAGACCGAUAGGAGGACCAGGAGUUGAUGCACAUGGGAGACCUGUUGGAGGACCAGGAACUGGAGGACCAGGCGUUGACGCACAUGGAAGGCCGAUCGGAGGACCAGGUGUUGAUGCUCAUGGAAGGCCAAUUGGGGGACCUGGAGUUGAUGCACAUGGAAGACCAAUCGGAGGACCAGGAACUGGAGGACCGGGUGUUGACGCACAUGGAAGGCCAAUCGGAGGGCCAGGCGUUGAUGCACAUGGAAGGCCAAUCGACGGUUCGGGAACUAAUGGACGAGUGUCCGGUGGACCAGGAACCGGAGGAGUAGGACCAGAUGCCACAGGAAGACCAGGUGCUCGAGGAACAGGCGUCGAUGGCCAUGGAAGGCCAGUAGUCGGAUCUGGAACAGGAACGACUGGACAUGGAAGACCUUCUGUCGAUGCUCACGGUAGACCAACUGGAGAUGGAGGAACAGUAGGUGGAGGAGUUGAUGCUUAUGGAAGACCUGUUGGAAGUGCAGGAUCUGAUGCGCAAGGUAGACCAAUCGGUGGAUUCGAUGCACAUGGACGACCGCUUGACUCGGGUGGAUCGAGACAUGAUAGCCAAGGCCAACCCGCUAGAGGACCCGGUGCGGGACAAGAUGUGGAUGGUAGAGCCGUCGGUGGUCAUGGUCCUUAUCCUCAUCUAGUCGGACCGCCAGUUCCUGGCGCUGGAUCACAUGGUGUCUAUCAUUCCGCUCCACACAGUGUCACGCUACCAGGCCAGGAUCACACCGUUGUGAACCCUACGGGCGGCCUAACUGUUUUAGUUGGUACAGGUCAUUCCAAGCAAACUGUGAUUGGUUCUGACAGCAGAUUAGACGGGCAUGGACCAGUGAAAAUUAUACCCGGCCCUCCAGACAGCCAAGGACCCCCUAAACAAACAGUGUACGCCCAUCCAGGUGGUGUAACAGUGUUGGUAGGAACGGGUGGAGCGCAACAAACCGUACACCAUCUUCCCGUACAUGGCGGAGGACACCCAGGAACAGGUCCGCAGUCGGUUAUCUAUCCUGGGACUGUAGGUCAAGGUACUGGCCAGUAUCCUGGACAGCACCCAGGAACUACCGGUGGCAGUGCACAAUACCCAACUGGUACCGGCGGUGUGGGAACUGGCCCAGGAACUGGAGCACAAUAUCCAGUAGGAACUGGAAGCCAUCCAGGAUCAGUUGGUGGACCGGGAAGUGGAUAUUAUCCUGGUACAGGUGUAGGAUCAGGACAAUACCCAUCGGGUGGUGGUGUAGGAACUGGGCCAGGAUCAAGCGGAGCUGGGGUAGGGGCAGGACAAUAUCCCGGAGUUACAGGAGGUACUGGGCCUCAUCCAGGUGGAGCAGGUCAAUAUCCUGGAGGAACUGGUCAAUAUCCAGGAGGUACUCGAGGUGGGUAUCCUGGAGGCGCCGGACAAUAUCCGGUUGGAGGAGGUACUGGAACUAGUCAAUAUCCUGGUGGAGUAGGCCAGUACCCUGGAGGUGGCCAGUAUCCAAGUGGUGCUGGAGCUGGUCAACACCCAGGAGGUGCAGGAGUUGGACAUUAUCCGGGAGGUACAGGUGCUGGAACAGGAAUGGGUCAAUAUCCAUCAAGUGGCACUGGUGUAGGAACAGGUCACCAUCCCGGAGGACAAGGAGUUGGUACGGGAGGAACAGGAACUGGUGCAGGUCAAUAUCCAGGAGGAGUUGGAACAGGCGUAGGUCAAUAUCCUAGUGGUACCGGAAUAGGGACAGGACAAUAUCCAGGAGGUGUUGGUGGAAGUCCUGGACAAUAUCCAGGAGGUGUUGGUGGAAGUCCUGGACAAUAUCCAGGAGGUGUUGGUGGAAGUCCUGGACAAUAUCCCAACGGAAUGGGAACGGGUCAAUAUCCAGGAGGAUCUGCACAAUACCCUGGAGGCACUGGACAAUAUCCCUCAGGUGGCACUGGUGUAGGAACAGGACAAUAUCCGGGAGGUACUGGAGUUGGUAGUGGUCAAUACCCUGGUGGAGCUGGUUCGGGAACAGGUCAGUAUCCGAGCGGUACUGGACAAUAUCCUAGCGGCACUGGAACAGGAACAGGUCGGUAUCCAAGCGGUACUGGACAAUAUCCUGGCGGCACUGGAACAGGAACAGGUCAGUAUCCUGGUGGAUCUGGACAGUAUCCUGGAGGGACGGGAACCGGAACAGCACAACAUCCUGGCGGAGUUGGACAAUACCCAGGGGGUAGUGGCGUAGGUACUGGUCAAUAUCCUGGAGGCGUUGGAGUAGGAACAGGACAAUACCCUAGUGGAACUGGCACAGGAUCAGGACCUUAUCCCGGAGGCGUGGGGAUGGGAACAGGACAGUACCCCGGAGGAGCUGGUUCCGUCUUAGGUCAGUAUCCUGGUGCCGAUGGGGCUGGAACUGGUCAAUAUCCUGGAGGUUCCGGACAGUAUCCAGGAGGAGUUGGAAGUGGCGGCUACCCGGGUAGUCAAUACCCAGCAGUUGGUGGAUCUGGACAUUAUCCCGCAGGUACCGGCGUUGGUACUCUACCUGAUGGUCAAUAUCCGGGUGGAAGAUAUCCCACUGAUGGAACCGGUGCUGGAGGAGCAAGUUUCUAUCCGUCAGGUACAGGAGCAGGCCAACAAUAUCCCAGCGGUGGAUCUUCGAUCGAUCAAUACCCAUCAACUAUUGAGCAGGGAGCUGGAGGUGGCAAUUUGCCCCCACAGUCCAUUCAGUUGCCAGACGAGGAAGAUGAUUCAUUCUCUCAAGCAGAAUCGUCGGUAAAGAACGGAGAAGUGAUUGCUUCCGCUCAAGGUCGCAAGAAUGGAGGCACUGCUCAGACGCAGGUGUCCGGUACUUAUACGGGGACCGGUUCGUUUAGUGCCACUGCUCAAACAAGCGACAAAGAUCGGGCAGCACAGGCACAAGUAUCGGGCGGAAAGGAAGGAGCUAUGAGUUCUGCCCAAGGCACAGGCGGGGUUGGCAAAUCCCAAUCGCAGGUACAGGUUGAUUCGAAGACGGGCGGCACAUCCGCCACGUCCCAGAGUGGUGGGUUAGGACACGAGAGUCAAUCGGAGGUGGUUGCCAAUGAGAAAGGAGGCUUGGCUGAUGCUCAGUCGAGUGGACCGGGACAAACGUCUUCCCAGGCACAGAUAGGAUUCCGUCCGCAAGGCGAAGGUACAGUUGAUCAACAAAAUAUCUUCAACGGUGGUGGACAAGCGUCUGCCCAGUCGGGUGCUCACUCCGGCCAAAGCCAAUCGCAAAUUAGUGGCAAUUUCAAGUUCGGCAUUGCAUACCACGGGGCAGCACAAGCAGCUUCUGGCACGAAGGAACAGGUCAACACGUAUCGAGAGAAAAGCAAAACCUUGUUCCAAUCGAUUGGACUGUUUGGGAAAUCUAUUGGCUCUACGGUCAGAAAGGAAUCUGUAGAUGGUAUGAGGACUCGGACAUCUGAGCAAAGUUUGGUGAACUUCAUCAGCACAACGCCUCCUCCUGGGGAAGAGGAAGAGUAUGAAGAUGUGGACGAAGAGGAGGAAGAGUACGAGGAUGAGUACGAAACUACGUCGAAGAUUACGCGUAGCGGCGAUAAGGUGACAACCGAUCCGAAAUCCUCCGUCAAAACGACUCCCGUAGCUUAUGUUGUCACAGAACCGUCCACUGUAACCGUGCGCACCAACGGAAACGGACGUGUUUUCACCCAGGGUGGACCGACACAAAAGCAAACCGCUUUCGUACCGCACGGUGACAACUACCGAUUGGUUCAGACACAAAACGGCCGUUCAACCGUACACGCCGUGACGACGGAGCGAACGCAGCAGACGGUAGUGAAUGCCAUUAGCAGGACUCCGAAGUACACUACGCGCUAUCUGUCCACAAAGAAAGAUACCCCAACGACGACUUCGGCCGCGGAUGAUGUCGAGGAAGGGCCGGAAUCGGAAACAGCAACGCAAAAGACCGGCCAACCGGAUAGUUAUAUCUCGGUAACGAAGCAGGUAACGGGCAUUGACGAGAAGAGCAAGGUACCGGCUAUCCCGGGAAAGAACUUCGAGUCGACGUACUACACAAAAUCGUCCACUUGUGGUUACUUCACCUUCUCCUGCAACAUCGUGCACGGUGAGAACGGCCGAAGUAAAAUCUGUCGACCGAAACCACCGGCCAAUGGUAAAUGUUGAGGGCUCAUGUCACAACGGUUUGCAUAAGAGAGUAGAUGAAUGCUUUGUUCUAAUACGACACUGCCAGUAAAUCCCAUAGUAACCGGGGAAAUGUUUUAAAGAAGGCACCAUUAGAAAAAUAAUACUAGUUGGAUGCUAUCAAGCUAUAAUUACUUACACACAAAAAUAAGUACCAAUCUGAGGUAAUACA